AUGGCAAUGUCCUAUUUGUAUGGUAAAAAAUUUGUGCCUACACCAACACCUCUUAUUCUAGCUCUUCGUGAAGAGCUUUAUCCUCAGCCUUAUGCGGAAAUUGUUUGGAGCCAAGCUCGCAAUCAAUGCGCAAAGGAAGAUCUAUACUAUCCACAGUCAUUUGUACAAGAUUUGUUUUGGAAAAGUGCUCAUAUGUUUUCGGAGAAUAUUUUAAAUCGAUGGCCUUUCAAUAAGUUCAUAAGACAAAAAGCUCUUGGAACCGCAAUGGAACUCAUUCACUACUAUGACGAAUCCACCCAAUACAUAACCGGUGGAGCUGUGCCAAAGGUAAACAACUCAUUGUAUACAAUACCAUCACAUUCUAUCAUGUUUUUACAUUGA